AUGGCCUUGGUAGAAGAUAACCGAGAAAUAAAUUUUGCAUCAAUACCAGAAGCAGUAGAAGAUAUUCGUAAUGGAAAAUAUGUUAUAGUAAUGGAUGAUGAAAGUAGAGAAAAUGAAGGAGAUCUUAUAAUGGCAGCAAAAUUUGCAACACCCGAAAAGGUUGCUUUCUUUGUCAAUUAUACUACUGGUAUUCUUUGCGCUCCCAUGUCAUUAACUCGUGCAAAUGAACUCCAACUUCCUAUCAUGGUUCAUGCUGGAACAGAUCCUAAUCAAACUGCUUAUACAAUCACAACCGAUUCUAAAGAUACAUCAACAGGAGUUAGUGCUUCUGAUAGAACAAUUACAUUUAAUCAAUUGGCUGAUCCAGCAAAAAAAGCAUCCUCAUUCCGUCGUCCAGGACAUGUAUUUCCUUUAAUUGCAAGACCUGAUGGUGUUUUAGAACGUAAUGGUCAUACAGAAGCUGCUGUCGAUCUCUGUAAAUUGGCUGGAGUUUUUCCAGUCGGAAUCAUUGGAGAGAUUGUCAAUAAGGAUGGAACAAUGAAAAGAUUAAAAGAUUGUGCUGUAUUUGGAGAAAAAUAUGGAAUUAAACUUAUUACUAUUGAAAAUAUGAUUAGAUAUAGAUUAGAACAACAAGAUAUUGUUGAAAAACCUACAUCUAUUAUUCCCAAACUCAUUCCUAAAUCCACUACCAAAGAUGUUGAGUUAGUUGCUCAAUGUGAAUUACCAAUUACACUCCAUGGAACAGAUCUUGGCAAUUGGACUUUAAAAUGCUUCUAUUGUCAUAUUGAUGGCUGUCAUCAUAUUUCUGUUGAGCGUGGAGAUAUUACAAGAGAACCUUAUGAUCCUGUUUUAACUCAUGUUCAUUCUGAAUGUUUCACAGGAGAUAUUCUUGGAUCUCGAUAUUGUGAUUGUGGAGAACAAUUAUUCAAAUCUUUGCAAUUAAUUGCUGCUCGCGGACGUGGUGUUCUUAUUUAUAAUGUUGGACAUGAAGGAAGAGGAAUUGGACUUGCUAAUAAAAUCUUGGCUUAUCAUUUACAACAAAUUAAUAGUAUGGAUACUUACACUACUAAUCAAACUUUAAGUUUUCAAGAUGAUGAGAGAAAAUACGAUGUUUCAAGAGCUAUCAUCAAAGCUUUAGGAAUAGAAAAAGUUCAAUUAUUGACAUCGAAUCCAAAAAACUUAUCAAACUUUUCUCAUUUAGCUGUUUCUGUUCUUCCAUUAGAUGAAACUCUAAAUGUUUACAAUACUGCUGAUUUGGAUACAAAAAGACAGAAACAUCGAUUUCCUUCUCUCUCUCCUUUUGAGUCCGUUACUCCUGAAUCGACUUCUCCAAAAUCUGUUUCUCUUGCUUCUGAAAUUUUUAUCACACCUGCUAAGUUAGACAAAUCUACUUAUAUUAAAUUUCUUCCUAUCAAUCUUCCUGUUCCUUGCAUAUCCAUUGAACUCAAAAUUGGUAUUGUUCGUACUUCUUGGAACGAAUAUUUAGUUGGUCUUCUCACCGAGAGAAUUAGACAAAAUCUUCUUGAUGGAAAAAUCCAUUCUGAUAAUAUUACUGAAGUUUUAGUUCCUAGAUCAUUUGAAAUUCCUUCGACUGCGAAAAUUCUUGCUCCUGAAUGUGAUGCUGUUAUUUGUAUUGGGUUAUUAAUCAAAGGAGAAACAAUGCAUUUUGAAAUGGUUUCUCAAUCUGUUGCUCAAGGAUUGAUGAAUCUUCAACUUGAAUCUGGUGUACCAAUAAUUAACUGUGUAUUAAAUUGUCUUACUGAAGGAGAAGCUGAAGCUAGAUGCGGUCCUGAUAGUCAGUUAUAUGGAUCAUUAGCUUCAACUGUAGUCUACGUGGCUGCUUUGAAGAAAGGAUGGAAAUCAAACUCAACCAAUAUAAUCUGCCAUUCUAUUAGUCAAUCUUGUGGAAACAACUAA